CACCAUGGGAGGAUGCUUCUCCAAACCAAAGCCAGUUGAAGUGAAAAUUGAAGUUGUGCUACCAGAGAAAGAGAGGGCCAAGGAAGAGAUGUCCCCCAAUGGGAAAGCCAGUCCACUUGUUUACAAAGUCAAUGGAACUGCCCGGCAUUACCACCUCGAUGAACAUCCCAUCACUCUCAACCCCUACCAGAACCUGAAAGACGUAGUUGAAGCCUCAGUGUGCCAUGUGAAGGACCUUGAGAAUGGACAGAUGCGAGAAGUGGACCUGGGUUGUGGGAAGGCUCUGCUGAUCAGGGAAAAUGGAGAAUACUAUGCAAUGGGACACAAAUGCCCUCACUAUGGAGCCCCACUGGUGAAAGGAGUUUUAUCCAAAGGAAGAGUACGUUGUCCCUGGCAUGGUGCUUGUUUCAGCAUUGGCACUGGUGAUAUUGAGGACUUUCCUGGAUUGGACAGCUUGCCCAAAUUCCAGGUGAAAAUUGAGAAGGAGAAGGUGUACAUCCGAGCGAGCAAACAGGCUCUUCUGACACAAAGAAGGACAAAGGUUAUGGCAAAAUGUAUCUCCAUCAGCAACUACAGUAUCAGUAGCACCAAUGUGCUGAUCAUCGGAGCAGGUGCUGCUGGAUUGGUUUGUGCAGAGACGUUAAGACAGGAAGGUUUCUCCGACAGGAUUGUAAUGUGCACAAUGGACAGACACUUACCUUAUGACCGCCCCAAGCUAAGUAAGUCAAUGGAUUCCCACUCAGAUCAGAUCAUCUUGCGCCCGAAGGAAUUCUUCCGUACAAAUGACAUUGAGGUCCUGACAGAAACUCAGGUUGCAGCUGUGGAUGUCAAGAACAAGAUAGCUGUGUUCAAGGAUGGAUUUAAAAUGGAGUAUAACAAACUGCUGAUAGCAACUGGAAGCAUGCCCAAAGCCCUUAGCUGUAAAGGCAAAGAAGUUGAGAAUGUUUUCAACAUCCGAACCCCUGAAGAUGCCAACCGGGUAGUGAAACUGGCCAGCAGCAAGAAUGCAGUUAUAGUGGGAGCUUCUUUCCUUGGGAUGGAGGUGGCAGCCUACCUCACAGAAAAAGCCCAUUCCGUGUCUGUGGUUGAGCUGGAAGAAGUGCCCUUCAAGAAGUUCUUUGGGGAGAAGGUUGGCCAAGCUCUCAUGAAGAUGUUUGAGAACAACCGGGUGAAGUUCUACAUGCAGACUGAAGUGUCUGAGCUGCGGGAACAGGAGGGCAAGCUUAAGGAAGUUGUCCUGAAAAGUGGGAAAGUCCUCCGCGCAGAUGUCUGUGUCAUCGGCAUAGGUGCAAGUCCAGCAACAGGAUUUCUGAAGCAAAGCGGCAUUAACAUUGAUUCCAAAGGCUUCAUUGUUGUCAACAAGAUGAUGCAGACCAACAUCCCAGGAGUUUUUGCAGCUGGUGAUGCUGUCACGUUCCCACUGGCCUUGCGUAACAACAAGAAGGUGAACAUCCCUCACUGGCAGAUGGCACAUAUGCAUGGCCGUAUAGCAGCUCUGAAUAUGCUAGCCCAUGGCAUGGAAAUCAGUACAGUUCCUUACCUGUGGACAGCUGUGUUUGGGAAGAGCAUACGAUACGCAGGCCAUGGGGAAGGAUUUGAUGAUGUCAUCUUUCAAGGUGAUUUAGAUGAACUGAAGUUUGUGGCAUUUUAUACCAGGAACGAGGAGGUGACGGCCUUAUCCAGUGUCUCCUUCCCACCUGCUGAGGUCAUGGCCUCUGGGAGAGUGAUCAGAAAGCGAGAUGUGGAGCUGUUCAUUCAUCAUGGCAAAACAGGAGACAUGUCUUGGUUAACUGGAAAGGGCUCUUAACAUGGGAAGGAAUUGAUUCCUGCCGAGGCUGCACUUGCUAGAGAGGAGACCUGGAUGAUCAGGAGGAUCCACUGCUAAAUGCAAAUCUAGUCAGCUGAGCCAUUGACUCAUUCAAUCCUUGAAGAAUCCAGCAUCUUUCACUGAGCAGUCAUCUUCCCAACAAUGCCCUCUGUUCACACAGCUGGUGGUUCUGAAGCCCCUAUAGCAGCCUGUGUGCUUGGGCUCUGCAGAGUUUAAAAAUCCUAUGGAAACACAAGAAGCAUGCAGGGUCCCUGAGAAAGCAUUGACUUGCAUUGUCCCUCAGCAUCUGAAGCAACCAUGUGCUCUAGCACUGACAGCUGCAUCUUCCUCUGGCUGCCAGGGAUUGGGGAGAGCUGAAUAGAACUUACCUGCAAUUUCUUCCGGUAGGGAAGGACUACCUGCAAAAACAAGGCAAACAUGUCAUCCUGGCAAGCACCAUGUUAAAGUCACCCACGUUGGGACACAUCUGAUCUCCGUGCAAACAACGCCACAGCCUUUCACUCCAUCCCUUGACUUCACCCAUAAUAUGCACCCAGCUAGCCUACUCCUCUCCCAUAUUCCAUUGAAGUCCAAGCAUACCUUCACCGGCACCAUCUCACUCUCCCAAGUGCCCUACAUUAUCACCUUCACACAACUGCUUGCCCACUUGUAUCCAGGCACCUGCAGCCAGGCUCACUUGCUAUCCAGAGCAUCAGCCUCACCUGCACAGCUUCAGCCACAUCCAGAUGGUCCCCUUCAGAUCCUUACCUGCAGCCUGUGCCAUACUGCUUCACUUUUAUCCCCCACUACAGCCAUAAGCAUUGAGUUCCAGAGGCUCACAGGAGCAAGGUUAAUAGACUAUGGCCUGUGGGGCUAUACAGCAGUAUUGAUAGCACUUCAACACUGAGCUCAGACUUGAAUUAGUCUUAGAGCACUACUCCCACAAGCCUGAGUCUGUUGCUGGGCAUAUCCUUGGAAUGGAUACCCUUACUCCUGUGUUAAUUGCUCUCAGUUGCCAGGUAAUGAAGUUUAAACUCCCGGCUUUGUAAAUCCCUGGCUCUCCCUUUUUAGUUCUUAUACACAUUGGCUAUUUUCAUUCUUUCCUAUUUCCCAGGAGCCAGUUUUGACCUUACUUACAUUGGCAUUAUACUAAUGCAAAACUUUUUUUUGCCAUGGAAUUACUCUUGAUUUACAUCAGGGUAAGAGAGACCACAAUAAUCCUGUCAACUCAAUAAGGUCUCCGUUGUAAUUGCCAAUGGUUCUGGUACCAUUUCAGCAUUUAUUCUGAGAUGGUAAAGGAAUAAGCUAUCAGUCCCUCUUGUUUUGAAUAUGAUCUGAUCAUCCUGGUCUGUUUUAUUUGCUUCUGCCAGAUCCAGCCUCGUAGACAUUCCCUUUUUUAAUUGUGUUGCAUAAAUCAUCUUGCUGCUUUAAUCCUGCCUCCCAUGGAAAGUGGCACAAAGCAGCUUUUAAGUUCGAUUUCUGACUGUCUUGUCAUUUAUUAUUAAUCCUGCUUGACAUUCAGUGGCAGCACUUUAAACUUACCUUCUCACUUCCUGAGUGCUUUAUCAUUUCCCUGUUCUGUCCGGUUUUAGAAAGAAAGGCAUUGCCUUACCAUUUCAGAUCAGGGCCCAUGUUCUUGUGCAUUCUGUCUCAGACACUGUCCAGGGACUUGAAAGAAAGUAGCUGAAACCCCUCGAAUGGACAGUUUUGAAAUAACAUGCUCCUGAGAAGAAAGUUCUUCCUAAUCCUUCACUCUGUCACAUUUUAUGCCCUGAAGCAGGAGAGUUUAUACCGUAAUAUUAUCUAUCCUGUUUGAUGUAACUAGUGUUGCUCUUAUUAUCUUAGAAGUGUCAAAUCCAUUCUGGAAUCCUGAUAAAUUCUUAGACUCAAGAAUUUUUUUGUGGCAGAGAGAACUAUAGUUAGCAUUGUGGUGGUGUCAUAGAGGGCAUUCACUGCUAGUAGCACCCCCUCUGGUGGUGUCCCUCCUGCCGUCUUCUCACUCAGCAGCCCCCUUAUGCUUCAGGACCCACAGGGUGUCCCUACACAUCAUCGUAAUUCCAAGUAAGAUAUGCAAUUAGAGCUACGCAAAUUGUGUAUCUUAUUUUGAUGAUAUUUCGAAAUAGCUUAUUUUGUCAUUUGGCGCUGUCUGCAUAGUGCCAAGUUUCGAAAUAAAGUGCUGUUCUGA